GGUGGCGCUCUUCAUAUGUGACAGCUGUGGUGACGCUCCGUACGACACACAAUACAGUAAAGGACAAUGCGUAAAAGUGUUCUCUUGAAGGAGCAAUUAUGGGGGAGAUAUGGGGAAAGGAGACUUGCUACACAAGGCUGGACAAAAACUUGGCCAUUAUUGGGGAAAAGUGCACAAAUUUUUUACGGAAAUGGGGGAAUGCCCUCUGUGUCAACUGAGAAUAGAAAACAGGACUAUAGUCAGCAAUAACUCAAAAGAGAAUGUAGAGCUGUCGGUUUGGACGCCAAAAUUAAUGUCUGUCCCGGUCACGUCUUUCAAAUGUCCUGGUUGGCAUGUUGAUAAUGCGCAGGAUCCACACGUACGUGGACGGUAAUUAUAGUGAUACUCAAUUUGCGUCACGAUCAGUCGUAUUGGAGACAGAAAGCAAGCUCAUGAAGUAACCGAAGGCCCCACGACAAUAACAAUCGAAGUUAAUUGCCUUAUCCGCUAUUGGCAGAAGGCAUUCUUGCGUGAUCAGUAUCGACUGGCGUACUACACGAGAAUCGAUAGGCCUGUACAAGCGUUUGAUAAUCGUGGCAAACUUCGGAGUGUCUGCAAAUGUGACUCGCAUCUAGCGCUUGUCACAUCUUUACAUUGGAUUCAACUCGAACAAAAAACAGCUCUGAAACUCGAUAACUAUAAGGAACUACCGAAAACAUUUAUUCGCCUUUCGUCUUGAAAGUUCUUCAAGUUGUUUCAACAACAAACAGCAGUAUGGAUGAAUCCAUCGAAAAAGGAGACACGAAUUCCGAUUCGGGACAAAAUGGAAGCAAAGGAACAACAGCAGCAUUUAGUAUCAGCGAUUCGUAUGCCAGGUUUCUGACAAACUUUUGGUACGUGAUUUGCAUCCUCGCUUUCGCCACUAUGACUGAAUGCGGAACGAUAGUGUUCACUUUGUACAAGUUUCCCGAUUUAUCAGAUCCCGAAAAGGGUUUCGAGGCACGAGGCACCGUAAUUUCUGCACGUCUUCGGAGUUUUGGUAACAUGCUGUAUCGCUCUGAUGACUACUUAGUUCAGCAGGCUAUCCCUCCAGCGUUCAGUGGAGAGACCAGCUUCGAUUCCCACCUGAGCUGCCUUCCUGAAGCGGCAUCUCGAGCUGAUCAAUACCAGCCAACAAUUUGGUUCAGUGCGUCACUAUGGGAUUGGGACAAACGAGUUGCCAAGGUGAUAUUUGAAGGAGUUGAUGGACGAGACAUGCUUUCCGCAUCAAGUCUGAAGUCAGUAUGCUCUGCAGAAACCAACCUCAUUUCGUCUCAUCCCAUGUACCAGUCGAACUGCCUCUGCCAUGAUGCUGGACGGUGCUCAAGCACUUGGUCUCUUGGAAACUAUGUUGCCUUACUGUCCAAUAAGACCUCGUGCCAAGAUAUCACCGACAGCGACGUGGAACAAGUGAUCAUGUUAUUGGAGCAGUGUGUAUCAAUCUUCCAUAAUCGCACUCGCUCGGAGGUCGAAGAUUCGCGUGACUUUCACACCAUGCCUGCGGAAUGCGCCCAACACGACUUCGCCCUCCACACCAUGCUGUUCUUUCUCCUGCCCUCGAAUUUCAGCGAGAGCAUCUUAAAAAACGAAUCGGCCACAGCAGAUGUGGCGGCUGUGUUUUUUCCGGUGAACACAUCCGAACGGUCCGCCCUAGAGGCGAUUUACCGUGACAACCUGCAGGGCUGCUCCUGCUCCGACGGUAUCACCAAACUCAAAGCGGUGGACUUUUCCCUCAAGUACAGUUCAUUCUCCAGCCUUCUCCUGGCAGAUUCACUCUACCUGGGUAUCGGCGUGUUGGGGAUAUUCAUCCUUAUAUGGACUUACACUGGUUCCUUCAUAGUAACUUUAGCGUCGUUGUUCAAUAUUGCUUACUCUCUCGUGAUGGCGUACUUUUUGUACACCGUCGUAUUCGCCAGGCCGAUCUUUACGUUUAAUAACACCAUAGCAACAAUCCUUGUCAUCGGUAUCGGGGCAGACGAUGCCUUCGUGUUCAUGGACCUGUGGAAGAAAAGCGUCUCGGAGAUAGGUGAGAACGACUUGGUGGCGUUGACUCGGGAGACACUACGACACGCUGCGACGACAAUGUGCGUCACGAGCUUCACCACUACGGCGGCGCUGUACGCCUGCAUCAUUUCGGAUAUCACCGCCAUCAAGUGUUUCGGCGUGUUUGCUGGCACAGCGAUCUUGAUGAAUUUGUUCCUAACCCUGUCCAUCACGCCGGCGUUCGUCAUCGUCAGCCACAAGCUGACGAACUGUACCUGUCGCCCGAAAGGCAAAGAUGACAAAGAAGUUGCUACAAGCCACUACACUUCGAACUGUGUCACCCAUCGACAGCGACUACUCGAGUUUCUGAGAUGGUUCUUUGAAGGAACCCUACCCUCCGUCGUCUUCAGGCUGAGGUAUGUCUGGAUCGUCAUUUACCUCCUGUUUGUCGCAGGGGGCGCUGUUGUGAUAUUUUACAAUCCUGGUCUAAAGCUACCGAGUGUCGAAGAGAACCAGCUUCUCAUCCGAUCUCACCAUUUCGAGCAGUACGACUUCACUUACAAAGGAAAGUUUUCCUUUUCCAGGGAGAACAAACUUAAUGUUCUUGGAUUCCUUGUGUGGGGUGUGGAGGCAGUUGACAACGGUAACUUAUGGGAUCCCGAUGAUUGGGGAACAUUUAAUCCCCAUGAGGCCUUCAGAUUCUCCAGUCCAUCUGAUCAGGAGUGGUUGCUGGACUUUUGCAAAGAUUUGAAGAAUCAGACCUUCUUCAAACCCGAUGGUCUUUACCUCUGUUUCAUCGAGACCAUGAAGCUUGUCAUGGGCUGGAAGUGCCUUGUCCACCCUAUCACUGGUCAGGAUGCUUCGCCAUGCUGCGGCCAAACGUUCCCCUUCCCCGAAUCAGUCUUCAAUAUUUGCCUGAGUCGCUUCCACGACGCGGGUUACAUCCCUACGAUAAGGUACAGAAUAAACAGCUCUGAGCUCGCUGUUCUCACUGUGCCGUUCACGAUGCCCUACAAGGAGAGCUUGUCCUACGCCGUCAACGAUGAACUCUGGACAUUGGCCAACACCUGGAUGGAAUCAAGAAUGAAAUCUGCGCCGUUGCAUCUCCAGCACGGAUGGUUUGUACCAGCUACAACAGACAUAGGCUUCUACGACCUCCAAAAGAGUCUGGCUUCGGGCACGGUGUUUUCCAUACUGCUGACUUUAGGUCUGGGAUCCUUAAUUCUGAUCUUUACCAUUCAGAACGUAAUACUUGCGAUCAGUGCUACGAUAACCAUAGCAAGUACUGUUAUUGUUACGACGGCUGUUUUGGUUUUAAUUGGCUGGGAGUUAAACAUUGUGGAAUCCAUUGUAAUUACGCUGUCAGUGGGUUUGUCUGUAGAUUUUACCAUCCAUUAUGGCGUUACGUAUAGGCUGGCGCCGUAUCAUGACCGUAAGAGCAGAACUCGUUAUUCUCUGUCCACCAUAUCUGGCGCUAUUUCCCUUGCGGCUCUGUCCACCUUUUUGGCGGGAGCUUUCAUGAUGCCCGCCACGGUGUACGGUUACGUACAAUUCGGCAUCUUUCUCAUGAUCGUCAUGGUCGUCAGUUGGACUUACAGUACGUUGUUCUUCCAAUCGCUUGGCUUCGUCAUUGGUCCCCAGUAUACAACUGGUAACCUGCCCUGUUCUUCGCUGUGUGGCUGCUUUGGUUAUAAUGAUAACAGAAAAGAUGCCCCCAAUACGGAAAACCCGGAACCAGGCAUCGAAGACUUUGCAACAUGCGAUGAUCCAUUAUCAGAAAAUGAUAGUAUGAUUACUAAUAGACGUUGUUUAGAAAUGUAUGGUCUCACUGGCAACCAGUCAACACUAGAGGGAGUGUACUAUGGGGAAACUGAAACGACUAAAUUCAUCGACCAAGGCAGAUACAUGCUAAAACAGCGCCAUUCGGAAUUUCUUACACCGAUACCUGAAUCAAUAGUGUCUUCCAGGGAGUAUGAAGUUUGUUCAUCGAAUAAACUCCCAACCAAAGCAAAUAUUUACGAAGUUCACGAACAAUCUACAAAGAGUACAGAAUGUGUUUCGGGUGGAAACACGGCGGAGAGGGACACUCCAUCAUCGAAGAAACCUGCGGAAUCAUUGGAGAAUGAUUCUGUCGACUAUCAAGUCUCACACUCGGAAAAUGUACAACCCCAUUCUCGUCUAAAUGCCCACCAUUCAAACCGUCUAAAGACAACAGAAACUCUUGUCAAAGUCCAUGAACAAUCGACAAAAGAGGUGCGUUUUCUAUGUGAAAGCGAAUCACAAAUUUCGAAAUUAUCUUUUGACGAGUCCCCUGUCGAUCAUCCCGAUCUAGAGACAAAUAACACCCCACCAGAACUCCACCACCAUCAAACCGAGAAUCUCGAAGAAACAAGAAAACCUCAAGAAGAUGAUACAGUUUCAUCUUAAAAGUCAUCGCAUUCUACGGGUCUUGAAUCAACCCUUGAAUUCCUUUCUACAGUCGGAAUUCUAGGCGUCCGCAUCAGACCAAAGCCCAUCACCGGAAAACACUCCCGACGUUAAAGGCAAUUGCGUACUUUAUGAUCCGGUUCAUGACAUCCGUUUUUGAUGUUGGCUUUCACCUCUGGCUGCCAACAUAUUCCAACAACUGGAGAGUACUGUCAUGAAAUAUUCCUCCCCAAAUAAUGUUCUCAGCUAAAAAUCGGGAUAACCGGUCUCUAAACUGCUUCACAUAUCGUCUUCGCUUGUGUUUCCCCCAGUUAAAAGGUUUUGUUCAAAGAAUAUUGUUCAUCCAACGAUUGCAUGAAGUUGGUUGAAGGUGUAUAUUUAUAAGUAACAUUUAUAAGUAAACAAUAAUGCCAAUUUCCAAUGUGAAAACCACAAUACCCUAUAGAAACAGUAUAGUUGGUAAGCACCUGUUAGAGUUAAAACAGUAGAUAGCAUUUUUAUCACUGAUGAAGUCUUCGAACUUUUAAAAUAAUAUUCAUUUUAUUUUGCUCACUUGAGCGAAUCAAAUUUGUGGAUAAAGUGUUUAGCCGUCCAAAAAGCCAUGUAUGAAACUGGUCGGUUUGGGACUCCUGAGGGCAGGCUGCCUACCGACAGGGGACAUUCGUACAAAUAACGAUUGUUACAUCUGUUGUGGUAAUUAUCUGAGAAAUUUGGUUGAUACUCAUAAAUGAAGAAAAGCAUACUGACAAAAAUCAUCCCACGUCUCCCUGUUUAAAUUUUAGACAACCUAUUCUGCAUUCUUUCAUUCUGUUGAAACUUCAAUUUCACGUAGGCUUAAGUGGACUCAGAAGAUAAAACGUUAUUGGAAAAGAUGUGUUUCAGUUAAAGGGUUGACUGUAUCAAAAUUAUGGAUCAGUUGUGAGCUUUAACAUUUCAAAGUGUUUCGCCGACCCGUUCAAUGUCGUGUUGAAUGACAUCUUCGUGGGGUCCCGCCAUUUGGCAUUGAAAAUAACAUUGCAACGCAAGGGGUUGUAGAGAAACAGUGGAUAGGUGCAUAUCUUUGGUUAUAAAUGGGUUUGUGUUUGCUACUGUGCACAAAAUACUGCAGACGACGACCAGACCUACAUAUGCAGACGACA